AUGGGCGGCAUACCCUCGAAAAAGUCUGUUCGUAAUCACGGCAUUGACGGUGUGGUGAAAAGUUCUUCGAACAAAGCGCAGGGGAAGAAGAUGGAGGCACCAGAAGCAGCAACCGCUGCGACAGGAAAAGAGACCGCGAAGACUCCUUCAAAGGCCAUAGGUGAGGCGCAGGUGCAGAAUAUGAUCACACAAGAGGGUCGUGAUAUUGUGAUUAUCCACGGCAAAGUGUAUGACGUUACCUCCUUUACGGCGUCACACCCAGGUGGCGAGGCGGCCAUCAAGAGCAACGUUGGCAAGGAGGCGGGGGAGACGUUUGAAAGCAUGCAUGGCUCUAGGGCACACGAAAAACUUGAAGAGUUCUUGCUUGGACCAUUGGAGGUUGCACCCUCCGUACUUACGGAAUUUGAGGUGCAACGGAGGAUCAGCGAGGAUAAACGUGUACUGUUGAUUAUUCACGGAUAUGUUUAUGACGUCACAGGAUUUGUGGCGUCACACCCAGGAGGUGAGGCAGCUAUCAUGUCUAAACUCGGGGAGGAGGUGGGCGAGGUGUUUGAACGCAUCCACGGGAAAACCACAAAGGAAUUGGCCAAGGAUUUUAUUGUGGGGCGCCUGUCGUCAACAAAGGUGGACGUCAAAGACGCUGCUCCCAAAUCCCCUGCGGUGUCAAAGGCGGUGAUAGAGACGAAGGUGCUCGAGAGUGUGGAUGUGGCAGUUGAUAUCAAAAACAUCACAUUUUCGUGCCCAGAAAAACUACGGAUAAUGCCUGGUGGGCACAUUUCGGUGUUGGUUCCUGAUGGGUCCAGCAAUGGAUUCAUAAAAGUGAGCCACUACACCCCGUUCGUAUGUGAAGCGACUAGCUUUACCAUAACCGUGAAGAAGUAUCCGAAUGGUAUGACUUCUUCUUAUCUUCAUUCGCUCAAGCCUGGCGACACCAUGAAAUAUGAGGGCCCUCUUCCACCAAAUUGGGUCGUGGAGGAGGACGGAGCUUUGAGGAAGGAACAGGAGGACAAGAGACAUGUGCUUUUCAUUGCGGGUGGCGUUGGUAUAACUCCGAUCUACACAAUGGUGGAACAUCUGCUAAAGAAUCAAAUCGCGUCGGCAACGCUUGUGGCAAGUUACCAAGUGCCGGAGGUGAUGCUGCUACGCAAGGAGUUUGCUUCAUUUAUUGAGAAAUACGGAAAGGGCGCUGGGAAGGAUACCACGGAGGGAGGGGAGGUAAACGUGUCUCCCCGCAAGAAAUUUGAGCUACACUAUGUCUUCACCAGAACAAAGGAGGCGCCAAUUGUGCCGGAGACAGGUAAUGUACAUUUGGGUCGAUUUGGCGCCGAGGUGAUGAAGCAACUGUCUCCCACGGUGUCGUGUGUCAUCUGCGGUCCUCCCAGCUUUGCGGAUGGCGUUGCGAAGGAGCUUGUAAAAAAUAAUAUCUGCAACUACCAGCAGGUGCAUGUCCUUUAA